AUGAGUGAUCCCCAGGCAGCUAAUUACGCGCCAGAGAUUGAGCACGGCAACGUCAUUGCCCAGUCUUUCAAGGAGUUUGGACAGUCUCAGCUUUCAGAAAACACAUUGAUUCACCAUGUCGUCCAGAGAACCGGCUCCCGGCCGGUCAAGACAGACCUCAUCCGCAAGGAAGAUAUUGAGGCGCUGAACCAGAAAGCUGAGGCUCCUAUUGACGCCAAUAAAUUACGGAUUUCUGAAGCCUGUUUUGGGGCACUCGCAGAUCGACUGAUGAUACCUCCGGCAUUCGUCUUCACUCUUUCGCGGCACUUCCUCCCUAACGGACGCGGAUCUCGCAAAAUACGAUUGAACAAUCAGACUGCUUUUGAUUUCUGGUACUUUCUUCUCAUCAGAGUCCAAGUCCCGGCAGGCGUGCCUGAUGCCGCUGGGAUACUAGACGACGCCAUCGGACCCAGCCAGAUGAACCCUUCCCAUAGGCUCCCGUUGCCAGGCGCAAUGGUCGAUAUCCGUCGGUCCUGUGUUGGCAUAUUCUCACGCAUAGAAAUGGUAUCUAAGCGAGUGACAUUUCUCGCCUUCGAUUUCAUGCACGGGGGCUGGCCCAAGGUAGCGCUGGAGCCGAGCCAACGAAUAGAGGAGGUGAUGAAACAAAGGAGGAGCCUCGGAGUUGACGCCGGCUAUGGCUGCUAUAUACAUCUUGUAUAUCUUAGCAGCGCUUCCCGUUGGUGGACCAACGCCUUGAACAGCAUCCAUGAGCAGCUCAUCAUCCACGAGCUUGACCUGCAGAAGGAGCUUGAUAAUGGCGAUACGGAUGGCUACAACCCGGCAGCAAGGCUGACGCAAAUCAAUCGCGCACUCCACUCGAUCGCCGCUCACCUUCACCGGUACCUGUCUGAAUUAAAGUCUCUGGAAGGUGUCGUUGUUGACCUAGUGGCACAUUACGAGCCUGUCUACGAUGAUGAAUGCUCCAGUGGCUCUGCCACCGAAAGCUUCGAGGCGGCAUCGCGAGGAUUGAGCCAGGUACUUUCACAGAUUGAAGCUACGCAUGCAUUUGCCGAGGAACUCGAGAAGAUCCAGAACAUCCUGGCGCUUCUCUUCAAUCGCAUUCGAAUUAACAGCGCGAAUCUUAGCCACAAAAUGGCCGAGGCGUCUCAUGCAUUGGCCGAAGAGAUGAAGCGGGACAGCGUAGCUAUGAAGACUAUUGCUGUCGUUACAAUGUUCUUUCUUCCAGGAGCCACAUUUGCUGUGAGUACGGUUCCUCAACGGUUCCACAUAAAGUGA